AUGCUAGCCGUGCAUGGCAAGCCUUGCAUUCUAUCAGACCCAGACCACAUAUUUGCAUGUGAUACUUCGUGGUCGGUUUUCCUGGCAAGAACUACAUUUUUGUGGUUUUUCUUGGCGGGAGGUGCUGUCGUGACCGACGUGCGCGCAGUCCUAAUGCAACCAGCGGGACAAGGACAAGAGGUAGGAGAACCAAGUCUAGGAGCACAAGAAGCAACACGCCCACGAUGGCGUUAUGGGAAUCUCAAACGUUACAUUCUCAACUGUUACAUGGAAUUUGUAAAUGCAAGAAUGGCAAAAGUGAAAGUUGCGCCUUUUGAAUUACAGGUUUGGAGCAGAUUAUAUAUAAUGCUAUCCAGCGCGGCGUCGAGAUCGAGAACUUGUGAUGCAAGGAACGCUUGAUCGUGUGCAGAGCGAUGGCGUUUUUGCAUGACAAAUCAUGUAACAGUUGCGAAUGUAACGUUUGAGAAUCCCAUAGGCGUUGCUGUAGGCGGCGAAAUCUGCCCGCCGCCGCCGCUUCCGCCACGACGGACAAAGCGGCUGGGGCGGCGCCUCUCCUCGGCGGCGUUGCAGACGGACUGGGAACGGACACGCGCUCCGACGAAGACCCCCCCGCGGCGAGCUCUUCCUCCCCCCGCGGCCGCGCCGCGGCGAGAAGUUCCUCCCGGCGCGCACGCGCCGGCUCCGCUUCCGCCUCGACGGGCGAAGCGGCUGGGGACGCGCCGCAGGCGCCGCCGCGCAGCCGCUCCCGUGGUAUAUUCAAAACUGGUUUUGAACGCUGUUUCUCAUAGAUCAAAAUACAGAAAAUGAACAGGACGAGAAGAAAAAGCUACGAAAGCGAUCAAGCAAGAAAAGGACCGGAAUACCAAGGAAAAGCAAGCAGAUUCUUGCUACGAUCGAGAAGAAAAGAAACGGAGAAGAGGAAAAAGAGAAAAGGAAAGAGCUUGAAUCCGAUUUACGCUGAAUCCGAAUGAAAAACUGCCUUGUUUCUAUAUUCAAAGAGCUGAGCCACGGCUGCGGGCAAGUUAGGAAUAGGAAAAGACGCGAAAUAGCAUAAGAAUCUGGGGAAAGCUCGAUGAUGUUAGGGAAUUUGUAAUUCGAACCUUUUGAAUUUGAUGUAGUUUUAGCGGGUGUUCGAAUUGGAACUCGGUAGGCUUGCAUUUGAAAAAAAAAAUCUUUCCAUUUCGAAACUAGGUCCCACACGCUCCCCCUCCCCGGCGAAAACUUUCUCCCUGCCCGCGCUCGGCGACGCUACUGGUUCACUUCAGCCGCACGGGCUCCAUGAAUGUGUUGCGGCUUGGGACGGAAGGACACCAGGGCGAGCUCCCUGCCUGCGGCAGCGGGGCCGACUGCGCGGCGGGCCCCCGCUGCGUUUCCCCUGUUGCAGGCGCCGAGCGAUGUACGCGACAAGAGCCCUUGCAUGCGAGUGGGAAAGGAAGGCGGGGGGCCCCGAACAACACGGGGGCCCCCCGCGAGCAGGUGAAAAAGGUGGAGGGGGCCCCUUGGGCACCGGUGGUACAGGCCGGGGGCCCCCCGCGCCCGCGCGGGAGAGAAAGGCGGGGGGCCCCCUUGGGCGCCCCCGGCCUCCAAAGGUGGAGGCCGGGGGCCCCCUGCGGGCGGGGGAGAUUUACCGCGGAGAAGGACGGGGCCCCCCCCCGGCCUCCCUCCGGCGGGCGGCCCGGCCGGAAGAAGGGCGGGGGCCCCCUGCGGAGGCGGAAGCGCGGGGCCCCCUGCGGACGCGGGAUACGCAGCGGGCGGUAAGGCGGGAGGCGGGGGCCCCCUGUUUCACCAGGCAGGCGGCCCGGGAGAAGGUCGGGGGCCCCCUGUGGAGGCGGAAGGGUGGGGGCCCCCUGCGGACGCGGGAUACGCAGCGGGUGAGGUGGAGGCGGAAGCGUGGGGGCCCCCUGCGGAGGCGGGAUGCCCCGCGGGCGGGAGGGCGGGAGGCGGGGGCCCCCUGUUUUCCCCGACGGUAUGCUGGACGCAAAAAUAGUAACCCUCAUCGUAGCGUCGUCCUUACAAGUCUAGGCCUCAGCGCGUACCGGUCUCAAAAAAAAUCUUUCCAUUUCGAAACUAGGUCCCACACGCUCCCCCUCCCCGGCGAAAACUUUCUCCCUGCCGCCCGCGUUAAAGAAGGCCUCUUUACGUAGCUAGUUACUUCUUUACAAAAGGACCCAAAAAAGGAGACCUAAGGUUCGGGUGUGAAUUUCUUCACCCAGCUUCUGUUCCCUUCCUUGAGUUGCUGAGGUGUUGAAGUUUACACCUAUGCUCGACUGUGCAAGAGGGUUUUUGCCUUACCCCUCUAAGGUCUCAGGAAUCACGCUGCCACACUGUUUCCAAACCCACGCCGACACUACCAAAAAGACUUUUUGAUAUAGAAUGAAAAAGCCACAAAGAAGCAUGCUGUAGGGGGAAGGGAAAAGGCUUGCAGCUACUCAAAAAGCGCGGCCAAGAAUAUCAGAGGGCUUGCCUGGGGGUAGUUUCUGCAUAGAUGCCGCGCUCGUGUAUUUUUUAUAUCGUAGUAAAGACGUAGAAGAGCAAGGGCGCGAUUUGGUCGGCAACUGCCCCCUUCUCUGCCUUCCUCCAGCAGCAAUACUUCCAAAAAGAGCCUAUGCACAGCCAACAUUCCGCCGCGCCCAGCCAUGCAUGUCGUGGCACUUCGACGUCCCAAAGGUUGCAUCUUCAAAACUCACAAGAGUGAAAUGAGAUUUCCCGACCUUUAGGCUUAGCAUUUUAGGCGUGAGGGGCGGGGCAGUGGGCCACUAGGAGGAACAGGUACAGAAUCACCACCGAAAAUGGGAGUGUGCUGCAGCCUUCGCGUUACAUUACCACGGUUGUCGACUCCCACGCUCAGCUGGGGUGGAGGCAACCCGGUGGUGUGACUAGCUGCGUACUGACCAAUGUGAGCAACCGUAGCAUUGUCGCGAGGAGGAGGGAACAGCAGUCCGGAGACCGGUGGAUUCGCAAUGCGAGAAGCCGGAGAAGGGGUCAGACCGCAACCUACAGAACACGAAUUGGAACCGCGAUGAGAUGAUGAUGACGAGCCUGGAUCAACACCAUUUCCGAUCUGAGGUUGUCAUUAGAUGCAUUGCAGUUUUAUGUUUGUGCCUAUGUAUUUAAAAAAAAAAAAAUCUUUCCAUUUCGAAACUAGGUCCCACACGCUCCCCCUCCCCGGCGAAAACUUCCUCCCUGCCGCCCGCGCUCGGCGACGCCGCUUCCGCCUCGAACGCAGCGGCUGGGUACGCUCUCGGCGGCGCUGGAACUGCGCGAGUUAAGGUGCUGAAGAGUAAUGGGCAUCAAAUGCGAACAAUAUGUCUGGGUCUGGAAGCCUGCAGGAUUUGUCAUGCAUUUCGCGGACGAUCAUCACGAAAAUCGAAAUCCAUGGCUUGGAAUGCAAUUGCAAACAGAAGCAUCUUCACAGAUUUUGCGAGACCUUCCUCAUGCCCAUCCCACAUGAUCAACGUCCUCACAGUGAAGCGGCGGCUUUCUGCUCAUCAGAUCAUGAGAAGUAGUAGCCUACCGUUUGACUCACUAGCAAGGAAGAAGUAUUGAGCUGCUUUUGGCUUUCAUGACACGCAGACGGACCUCUACCCUUUUGGUCCCGAGACUGCGCAUGACAACAAGCUGCAUCCUUCCAGUUCCAGACAAGUUUGUUGACAUGCAUAAUGCUCCGUUGGGAAUUAUCCAGUCUCAUCUGAUGAAUGAAGAUCCGGGUCACUACUUGAUGAAUCUAUUCAAGCUGACGUUUUCCGGCUUGCAGAGUCAGCUGCCCUAUCACAUGUAAAAAUGUCUGGGUCUGUAACAAUGCAACUUGUGAUGCUGCGUCUGCAUUAUCUAAGAAUCUGUAUUGCAUGAACAGCAAAAGAGGUCUGGUUUCGGCCACGGCGAGAGGGCAUUUCUCAUGCGUUAUAGGCAUCAGAAAGCCCUCACAAGAUCUGUGAUGCUAGGGCAUGCAUCGCAGACAUCAGGAGUCAUGCAAAAUGUGCAUGACAAACCUUGCAUCCUUCCAGACCCAGACACUUUUGCAUUUUAUAUGCCCCGGGACGAAACGAUGUGGUUUGACAACCGGAUGUGCUCGCUUACCGAGAUAUCCUGAGUAAAAACGUCCCCACACCAGAGUCAGGAUGGGGAUUUUGCAACACAAACCUAGGAGUUUUAGGAGUCACGCAUGACAAGUUGCACUCCGCAGUGUAGUGCAGGUUAGCAACUGCAGCCGCAUCACAGAUUCAUCUGCGGAUCCUGUUCACAGCAUCACAAAUUCCAAUACACGACUGGAAAUGCCUUUCAUGGGGAUGCGCAUUACAAGUCUUCCUGUCUUUGCAAAUCUGCAUUACAACUCUGGCGUGGGGACGUUUUUACUCAGGAUACGAGAUCCGUGACGAGGUAUUCGAGUCGUGGAAAACCGCCGACUCGAAUCGUCCUGGAGUCUGGAAGGUUCCGCGGGUCACGUUGUAUCCAGCGGAAUUAAGUAUGCCUGGGUCUGGAAGGGUGGAACCUGUAAUGCUGGUCUUACAUUCCUGUGAAUUGAAAGUGAAAUCUGUACUGCAGGACCAACAAAAGUAGCCGCGGCCGCCUCUUGUGUCAUACAAAGUCGCAGUUUCUCAUGUGCCGGGCUGCGCAUGUUGAGAAAGUCUUCUGGAAAGUUGUCAUGCUUGGCUGCGUUUUUCGGAAGUGUUUCUAUCACCCACACUCUAGCCUCACAAGUUUCCAGACAUCGAGGGAUAUUUGCAAUGCAUACGGUGGGCCAGGAGGCCGGGGUCUGGUGGGACCUCUUUUUCCACGACCCGUGGAGCGACGCCCGGGUUUUCAAGGCAGUGAGCAGAGGGUUUCCCGAUUUAACAGCGGGAACCAAAAGCCCGAAUGUGAUCUCCUCCGCCUUUGCGUCGUUCUUUAAGGAGAAGGUCUUUCCCCUCUCGAGGAAGUUCAUGAGCUUAGCUGAUGAUGAUGAACAGAAAGCCCUAAGUCUCGCCUUUGUAGACGCUUUCGCCGGCGCGCUAGAGCUAUCAAGUUCAAAUAUGUCUGGGUCAGAAGUUUACGGUUGCAAGGCUUAUCUAUCGCGCAGCUUUCGCAUGACGACCCAGUGCUCCCAGAUGGGCUGCGGGCUCUCGUAUCUUCACAUCAAGUUUUGAGAAGGCUCAUCCUCGAUCAUGAUGCCUAUGUUCAGCAUGAGACAACACGUUGUCUCUCUUUGGGUAACCGAACAAAGUGGGCAUGUGUUUUGCUGGCUAUGCAACAGUACAGACUUACGUGUCGAGCAGACGAGGCAGACCUAGCAUAAUGAAUAAGUACAUUCGGGCUCUACAACUUCCAGACCCAGAUACUAUAGUUGCACUGCAUAAAGUCGGCCCGGGGCGACGACCAAGCACGCGGUCAGCUUUUGGUCGUCUCAGGUUGAUACUGAGUACGGCGGGAAAGUUGAGAACAAGUUUGAGGUUUCCUACGGUGGAAGAUCCGGCCUCCCACGAGAGCAGCUCACGACUUUCAAGCCUCACUAUGGUGGCGCAGAGCAUCUAGAUGGCGUCGCUAUGAUUAAACCAGAAAUCCCCCUGAAGAAAUACAUGCUUCUCGGAAAACGAGUCAAGGAGGGGGCCAGGGCCACUAGAUUGAAUAACUCACAGGGUGCUGGGGCUUCAACUGUGCUAGUGUUUCACUACACGACAUGUCCGCGCCUCUCUCCAGGCCGUAGGCUAAGCAUGACGAGCUCCAUUCGCCGCAACUGCAAGCGCCGCCCUGCGUGCAUUUGUAUGUAGUGAGGUGAGGAGCGUGCAUCUUCGUGGGAAGAGGAGCGAGCGGCGUUUGUGCUUCUGGUCUCGUUUACAACAGUUAUUUGAAACCGGAGCACGCCCAAGACGGCGGCUGGUCAAAAUAUGCAAUGGAAAAUAAGUAGUUACAGGCCCCACCCUAGCAAACUUUUUGCCCCGCCCAUCGUUGUGGGCUCCGAGGAGCAUGCACCCCUUCCGGAUUUCUGGUCUAAUAUAAAGGCCGGCAAUGUCGACCUCGACGAGAAACAAGCAGAAUCGUUUGGGGCCAGGGGCUGGGGAUACUCCUCUAGUCUCGACGACGAGAACGAGCUGCUGCUGCGAAGGCCAGGGGAUACUACUCUGGUCUCACAGGGCUGUUUGUGCGUUGGUGUUGACGAAGAAACCCGAAAGCUUCCGUUGUGCGCGCUGUUAGCUCGGAGGAGCUCUUACGCUUUGAUGGAGCUAACCAUUACGAGGGCUGAACAUUACGGGGACACGCAUGCUACAAAGUACGAACUGAAAAUUAACAUUCGUGUGUUUUUCCGGCCUACAAAAGAGUUUGGAGGCCUUGACAGAACCGACUUGGAGGAAGAAUGCGGACGCCUUCCCUGGUAA